AACGAAAUAGGUUGAAUUUAACGAAAUAUUAAAAUUUAAUUUAAUUUUUUUUUGAAGUUUCAAAGAGUUUUCCUAUCUUUUCAAUCGAUUUGUGUACGGGAACCGUGAAGAUAGAUUUUUUUAAAUUUCACAAUUUAAGAAUUGAAAAGAUCUGUCGACAUAAUAAGUUCAUUUCCAUUCGUGAUUUUUUUAUACAUGCAAAAAAGAGAAAUUUUUGUAAAGGAAGAAAAAAAUCAUUCUUAAGUUCCGUUCCGCGAAGAAUGAAAGAAGAAAACUGUUGUGCCUGAUAAAGAGAAGAAAAAGUAUAGAGAAGUUGCAAAGAAAUAAAAAAGAAUAAAAUAAAGUUUGAGAAGGAAAAAGAAGAAAAUAAAAAAAAAAUUGUGAAUUUAAGAGUGCUGAAAAAGUACAAUGGAAGUCGUCGCAUUAAGUGGUAACAGCAAUAAUGCACCAUUUAAGCGAGAAGUUCAUGAAUGGCAACACAUUGAUGCGAAAACAGGAGCAUUAUUAAGUGGACGAGCAGAGGCUAAUCGUUAUGUGAAUGGGAAUAUGAAUACAUAUGGCAAGAGUUUACUGCAGAGUUUUGAGACAUCAGAUGGAACGAAACACAAACAACACAAGCAAAUGGAUAUUUUACAGACAAUAACACCGACCGGUGGAGCCCUACAAGUUGUUCGAGCACAGAUACAAACAUCACACUCAUCGUCAAGGAGAGCGAUAACAUCAACAACAUAUUCACAUUAUACAAAUGGUACUUCAACUGCUGCCGUUGCUAGUGAUGUAAAUUCAUCGAUGAGCAGUGAUUUAUUAUCAAUCAACCCACGUCCAUUGCAACAACAUUCACCAACAUCUAGUCGGAUGAAGGCUUUACUCUCAUCAUCAUCAUAUUUUAAUUCAUCACCAACAGCCACCAAUGAUGGUAAUAGUUCAAAUAAUCGCAAAACUGAUUUGUUUCAUCAUAUAAAUAAUAAGAAUAAUAAUAUUAAUAAUGACUUGAAUAAUGGCGUGGGUUCUGUAGAAGCAGAAUUUUCAAGACAGCAACAAAUGAACGAAAUGCUUUAUGGCUCGAAAGAAAGCAACAGUUUCUUGCGUGGGAAGAGUGCAUCGAUUGAGGACUUGGCAAAUAUUGACGACGAUGAUGAUGUGAAGCCAUACGACUGGAAACGAGUUAGUAAAAUCAGACGUUCACUACAAUUUCCUAAGACAUCUGAAACGUCGCGAGGAAGAGUUAAUUUCAUUCGAUCAUCUCGUCCAGCUGAUUUACCAGAAAACUCCGUUAAUGUAUGGAAGAUUAGGCAGAACAUUGAAAAUUCAGAAAAUAUGCGUCGGUUGAGUAACGCAUCAAAAACAUCAACUAGUAGCAUAAAUAGCAAUGGUUUUGUUGCACUUGAUACAAUUUUAAAAACGGAAACAAGUCCAAUGGAUUCACUUAAUUCUAAUCAAAGCAAAGAAGAAUCAAAAACAGACUGUUUAACAGCCGAGUCAUUACAAGAAAUAAGAAAACGACUGAAGAAAUUGAGUGUUGAUGAAUCAAGUCCAUCGCCUAAAUUUAAUGAAGAAUUUUUAUUGACUGAACACGAAAAUACGAAUUUAAAUAAUCAAAAAUUGUCUCUGGAACAAAAUUGUAAGAGCCUUGAGUUAAGAAAGAAUAAAGAACGUGAUAUAAGUGCAGAGGAUUGGUUAAAUAGAAGAAAAUCAUACGGCUUUGAAAAAAUGUAUCAACCAAACGAGUCGUCAUCAUCACUAGGUGGUAUUGAAUCAUCCACGGAUAGUGGUUUGGGAAGGUCGAGUGAUUUGCCUUCUAAUUGGUCACCCACGAUAGAUUCACCUCAACGUACAAUUAUUACGUUUGGUGAUAAAACAAAGCCGGCAGCUACAACAUCAAUUUCAUUAUUUAGCAAUCCAGCUCACCAUCAUAAUCAUCAUCAUCAUGUGAAAGCAUCAGAAACAAGUAUCAGUGAUAAACCAAUUCCAAUGCGUCGAAAGGCAUCUCUCGAAAGGAAAGAGGAAAUAAAGCGUCAUUCUAUAGCAAUCGAUGAAAAGGUAGAUGAACAUUAUCAGCAUCGAAACAGCAGUGACCGAAAAAUAUCGCUCGUUAAUUUAAAUGGCCCAUAUAAUGAUAAAUUAACAUCAACUGCACUUGUAAAUGAUGGACGACACAAGAAAGUCGAGUUUUGUAAAACAGAAAUUCAUUUUGCUGCAGAGUCAGGUCGUGUUAAUAUUGUUGAAACGGAUGGAAAACCACCGCCAACAAACAAUUUCCGUAGACGAAGGCGAAAUUCAGGUGCUUUAUUAGAUGCAGAGUAUUCAGUACAACAGGAAUCAAUAACAAUUGAUGACGAUGAAGUCGAUAAGCCAACAAUAGAAAGUCAUUUUGAUAGCGUUCAUAAAACCAAUGUCACGACAACAGUUGGAUCUAUAUAUUCAAGUGCAAGAGAAGACGACACAGACGAAGGUCAAUCAGACACGGAUGGCUUGCGUGGAAUAUUGAAAAAUAAGCCUAUUAAGCCGAAACCAUAUCAUCUCGGUGAGAAUCUUGAAAGUGGAAGUAGUCUUUGGGGCGUCCGACUAAAACCUGUUGAAAAUCAACACACAGCAUGGCGACAUUCAGCCGAAUUAGAGUCAGUUUUGACAGGAAAGAAGUCAACGGAAGAUGCAUUAGAGAUAGAGUUUAAAAACCUCGUUAAGGCAAUGGAUCAAGAGAAGUUAAACAAUAAUACUAAUAGUCAAUCUCAUUACCAAUCAUCAACAGUCAGUAGUAAUGGAUACUCAACGAAAAUAAAUUUAUCUUCAUUGCCCACAAUUCAACAACAGCAUCCGGUGAAUAAAGAUUCUUCAUCAUCAACAUCUACAAGUUCGACAGCAACAACUACCCACAAGCCAACGACCUUCACCAGUUACAAUGACUCGCGUCAAACUAGCGGAAAUGUUUUGCCUGAUAAAGAUCAGCGUCAAAAAGGAGGUCAUAAAAUAUCGAUUGACUUGAAAUUACCACAUCCGAGUUCUAUGGAUACGAUAAUGGAUGAAUUGAAAUCUACUUCAUUGAUAAUAAAGACAAUGAAAUCGACAAGCUAUUUCGAUGACGCAAUGAAACAUUUUGAACAGGAAAGUCCUUUAAUACGUACGUCAUCGUUAAGACUGAAUAAUGAGUCAUUGUCAAAAUCGAGCAGUACAAGCAUGAUGUUGCGUAAUAAAUCUAAUGCACCUGUACGUUAUACUUCCUCACUCGAUGGAGAUCACGGUAUUUUAGAUGGUCCGGAUAAGCGAGACGAUGAUUUUGACUUCCUUAAUGGAUUUUUGGAGGAAAAUAGAAAGUUUCAAAUGUCAAUUGAGCAAAAAGAAAAAGAAAAUCAUAAUUUUUCGCAAUCAUCGUCAACGAGUUCAGUAAAGUCGACACAAGCACCGGUUGCGGCGCCAAGGUUAAAAAAGAUCAUGAAUCCAAGUCAGCAACUGAGUCAGCAAUUGUCGCAAUUAAAGCAUCUUUAUGACAUUGCAAACGAUAGUGAUGAAAAUGCUAUGGCUGAUGAGGAGGUAAAGUCGUUUUUGAGUAAAAAUGAGGAAGAGAAAUCGAUUUCGGAAUUAUCAGGCAGUUGGAGUCGUGUGCGUGUAAAGAAAAUUGCUAGUGCAUUUCAAUCAGCGUCAUCAUCAGCAGCUACAACGACUACCGGCGAUGGUACAAAAUGGGCCAAAACUCCAUUAACAUCGUUAUAUGAGAACUCGACAUCAUCAUCAUCCGCAGCAGCAACAAUAAAGCCCGUGACGAUUGAAGCAGCACCACGUACAAGUUUAAUUCAAAUCGGAUCGAACCAUGAAAAGGUCAAUAACAACAGCAACAUUUAUAGCAAUGUUAAUACAAUUCAGCAGGACAAUUCCGUUAAAGUCAAUAUACAAAACUUUGAAUCUCUUUCGCCGGCAUUAUCACGAAGUAAUUCAUUAAGAAUUAAAAGAGAUAAUGUAAGCAAUACCAACAACAUUGGCACGAAAGACGAUUCGAGCACAUUAAAAUUAUCAACGGGGACACGACAAUUGAAAGCACAUGAAUUAACUUAUUUCGGUAUAAAAGGCACACCAAUAACGAGAAAAACGAGUGACACGAACAUAACGAAUAAAUCACAAUUUACGCAUUUAUCGACAUCAUCAUCAACAAAUAUUUUAUCUUCUUCAAAUAAAUUAAAUAUAAGUAAUAACAGCAAUAACCUUAGCGAUAAAAGAAUUGGCAUAGCUAACAAAGUUUCAACCACAUCAUCAUCGUCCACUAAAGUUACUAUUAAUCAUCAAAAGCCAGACCUAAUAAUGCAUCAUCACCAAAAAAUUGAAAAAUCAUCGACACCGGAAUUAACAACGUCUGAAAAGAAAUCAAUGUUGGAAACACUAGACAGUUGUAUUGAUGAGACGAAAAAUUUGGAACCAAUUUACGAAAACUUGUAUCAAAAUAACAAGUAUGAAAGAAAACUUGACCUCGCCCGGGACAAGAAAAUUUUGGAUGAAUUAGCACGUGCUGCUGACGAGAUAAUGAACACUUGCAAAGAGAUGUAUCAUGCUGAUAGUGAGGAGAAAAAGCGAAAAUCAUUGUUGGUUACAAGCAAUGGAACAUGUCUCGAGACGAUUAAAGAGGGUACCGAAGGGCGGCAGCUUCAACAACAACUACAACAGCAACAGCAUUCAUGCAGUGAUGCUGAACAGCCCAAGGUAAUGAAAUCAAAAGGUGUUCAAGUUUCGAGGAAUUUUGAAGAUAGUUUGCGGCGUUACCAUCGAAUGCAACAAAGAACAUCAUCACAAUCAUCAAUCGAGAGUUUACCACGCAAUUCCAAAAUAUCAACUACAAUACCAUCAGUUACCACACGCACGAGGCGUACAACUAAAAGUGGCGAAUCCACAGCAUCAACAACAAUCUCAUCAACAAAAUCAUCGUCAUCGUGUCGUAAGCGCGAAAACGGAACUGGAAGUGAUGGUUCAAAGCGCAUUCAACGAGUUAGUAGCCGUGAACGAAUGCACAAGUCUAAUGCCAGCUCAUCUGAAUCAGAUCAUCCAAACACAUCCACUGAAUUACCAAGACGUCCGAGACGAACAAAAGUUGUGAAGAGUCAUCGUGAGGAAGCCGUCAAAGAUGAAAAGAAAUCUAGUCGUGUAACUGAAGCUAGUAGCAGUUCAAGAAGAUCUACAAAACCUGAACAUAAUUCAACCAGCAAAGAAACAAAAGUCCGUUCAUCAGUCUUAAAUAAAUCAUCAACAUCAGCUAAUCCGAAUACAUCAAUUUUAUCGACAACAACUGGAGGUAUAACAACGUCAUCGAGCAGAUCAAAAAGUCGCCGUUAGCAUGUGUGAAAUUGUGCAAAAAUCAGCGCACCCAAAAUAUUUUAUGUAGAGUGAGAGAGAGUUUUUAUUUGACUGAUCUCCAUUGUUUAAGCCUCCAAAUAAUUGAAUAUCCAUAACAGAAAAAAAUAAGAUAAUCGCAACAGGCACAAAACCGCAAUUAAUCUUGUCUUUCUAAUGCAGCAGCAAUUUAAACGUAACAAACGCGAAAAUAUAGAAGAAGAAAAAAAAGUAUCGAGUAAUAGAAAAGAGAAAAGCAAUUUACUAAUAAAAAGUAUAUUUUUGCAAUCAAUUUGGGCGUUUCUUUUAAUUGAAGAAUUACAGUAUGGGGUCGUGAAUAAAUGAUGUCAACCAAAAAAUGAAAGAAAACUAUAAAAAUUAUGAUUUUAAUAUAGCUUUAGAUUCCUCUUCCUCCUUGGAACUCAUCUUCAAACUUGUGAACAUCAUUUGUGACAGACCCUCAUACCACAAAUUUACAGGUUAUCGAUGUAUUUCUUAAGACAUGCAAUUUGACUCAAAACUGAAUUUCUACUAGUUCCACCAAUAGCUUGAUACUGCUCCACACUCUUUUCAAAACUGAAAAUAUCAAAAAUAUCAUCGUUGAACUUUUCGCUAAUUGCUUUGUAAUCUGACAUUGGAAGUUCAUUAAUGCCCAAUCGAUUCCUUUCAGCACAAUCGAUUGCUUUUGAUGAGCAAUGGUGCGCCUCUCUGAAUGACAUUCCUUUUCUCACCAAAUAAUAAGCUAUAUCUGUUGCAAGCAUAUCAAAACUUAGAGCAUUUCGACAAUUAAUUUCAAGUAUGUCCAUCGAUUCAAUGACACCGCACAUAACUUUCAAGGAAAGUGUGAUACUGUCAUAAACAUAAAACAUUGAUUGUUUAUCAUUCUGUAGAUCCUUGUUAUAUGUUGACGGUAAUGCCUUCAAUGUGACAAUCAUGUUUGUUAAUUGACCGAAAAUUCCACCGCAUGAACCUCUUAUCAACUCCAAACUAUCUGGAUUGAAUUUCUGUGGCAUUAAUGAUGAACCCGUACAGAAAUCGCCCGAGAGCUUUAUGAAAUUGAAUUCCUUUGUACUGUAGAUAAUAAGAUCCUCAGCCAAUCGACUCAAAUGGAGUGAAAUCAUUGUUGAUAUGAAAUUGAAUUCACAAAUAUAGUCUCUAUCACUUACCGCAUUCAUGCUGUUCAUCGUGACAUUUUUAAAAUCCAAAAGACUCGCUAGCUCUGUCCGAUUGAUGUUGAAAGGAUUACCGGAAAUUGCACCCGAACCGAGUGGCAAUACAUCAACUCUUUCGAAUAAUUGCUUUAAUCUAUCACAAUCAUUUUGAAGGAAAAAGCCAUACGAGAGAAGCCAGUGAGAAAAGCGAAUUGGUUGUGCACGCUGUAGGGAGAUAAGUGAGAUAUAGCGGAAUGAAAAAUGAGAAUUUUGCAUGCUGUGGACACUGGAAUUUGUUUUUAUUGGCACAGCUUAGGUGUCGUUCUCUUAUGACGUCCGAAAUUAACGGUCAUUUUUCAAAAAAUAACAAUGGAUUUCCAGGAAUUUCUAUUGUUCUUUUCUUGCUGACCCCCCCCCCCCCCCCCUUUGGACGUCAUAAUUGAACGGCCUCUCAUUGCUAUUAAUUAUUUGAAACUAAGGCCGAAUCAUGAGGUUUGUUAAAGCUUUGAGACUAUUCUAGGGCUGAAUUAUUGAACAAUCUGAGUCACUCUACCCAAAAAUCAGAGUCUUUGUAGUACAGUUAAGUACUAUGGUAGGAAAAUAGAAAAUAGUCUUAGAACCUUUUAUGUCCUUCCUGUUAAACUAAGGGAUCAUUCUGUACACUGAUACACUUAUUAAAUCCCCUUUAUUCCCGAAUUCCUCAAACUUCUCUGACUCCCAAUGAAUUAAAGCUCCUACCAAUAUUUAGUCCAAUGUGCACAAUUAAAAGCUCAGUUCCAAGUGUCCAAAGCAUGAGUUUGAUUCCAAAUAAAUCAUUGAACAAGGCAUACUUGCAAAUGUGUAUAUCCCGGCAUCAAAAUAUCAAUAUUCUCGUCUGCCUUCAUAACUAGCACACCCAAAAAGUUCCUGAAUAUAUCAAGGAUAUCCAGAAUUGCUUUCUUCAUCCACAUUUUCAUAUCGAGUGCUACUUGAUCAUUCCUACUUCUACCCGUGUGAAUUUUCUUCCCUAUUUCACCAAUUAUUUCAGUUAGACGCCUCUCAUUUACACUAUGCACGUCUUCAUCAUCAUCCCUCAACUCUAUCAUCCCACCAUCCCAUUCUCUACUUAUUAUUUGAAACGCACUUUGAAUCAUUUCAAAUUCAGCUUGCUCUAAAAUUCCAGUUUGACAUAAAAUCUUUGAAUAAGCCAAACUUCCGCUUAUAUCCUGUUGUGCGAGUCUCUUGUCGAUGUGGAGUGAGUUGUUUAAUUGAGUUAGAUCAACAUUCAUGCCUCGAGAAAACCGCCCACCACAUCCCCAUAAUUUUGACGUUUUUCCUUCCAUUGCCUUUAUGCCGAGUGAAAUUAAUUUAAUGUUAAUUCUAUCGUUGACACGCGUACUCGACUGUGG